CCAUCCACAAAAAUGGAUAAACAAAAAUCUACAGAAAGUGUUCAUCUUCCAAUCGACUAUCUUAUAAGCCAAACUCCCGCCAUUUUUGAACCACAAUCUAGCAUCGAAACAGCAGCCAGCACUAGCAGCAAUACCCCAUCAGUGUCCGGACCACGGCAAGCGAACCGGGCACCUGAAAAGAGACUGACCCUCUUCGCCCUACGCCUUGCGGUUCUGGAGAAAGCAGCCACUGGGCUAGGAACACUCGGGUUUAUCUGGGCUACUGUCGUUUUACUCGGUGGCUUCGCCAUCACCAUUGACCAGACCGAUUUCUGGUUCAUCACUAUUAUUCUGCUGAUCGAAGGUACCCGAAUCUUUAGUCGAAGUCACGAGCUUGAAUGGCAGCAUCAGUCCACUUGGUCAUUAGCCGAUGCCGGGAUCAACAGUUUUCGUGCAGUCAAGUCUCGGUCACAUGUAGCAUUCCGAGCUCUAUUCCGAGCCGGCCCAACCAGUAGAGCGGUUAAAGUUAAAGAGAGUCCACAUCCGAGAAACUGGAAGAAAACGACGACGUUGACUCGGACAUGGACGAGCUCAGACGUCCCACUUCUUCCGUACGGUCAAUGGGUGUUCUUGUCCAGAAACAUCAGCAGGCUUCUCUACUGGCUGCAGUUAGCAUCAGCGACCGCCUGUGUUGUUCUGUCGCUAAUAAAGCUUGUGAAACAGAACUAUGGGGAGAUACAGAAAGGAGAUACUGAUAAAAGAAACAGAAAGUCAGCAUUGACUAUAUUCUAUACAUUGGCUUUGGCAGAGGCAUUGUUGUUUCUUUUGGAGAAAGCUUACUGGGAAUGGAAGGUGAUGUGCAAGAAGAUACUGGACCGCGUUAAUGAGGAAUGCGAGCUCGGGCCGGUUGGGGUGGUUUCGGUUAGGAGGUUUUUCUAUGAUGCGUACUCGAAAUGUGUUAACGGAAGCAUCUUUGAUGGGUUGAAAAUGGAUUUGGUGUCAUUUGCAAUGGAACUUUUGGGUUCGGACUCGUCCGAUGAGCAGCUGAUUGGUGUUCGAAUCUUGGAAAAGUUCACGAAAAAUCCGAGGUUUUGUGAAGAUACUCUGCAGAAAAUAGGUAUCACAAUAAGUGUGAUAGAUCGAUUGGUCGAAAUGUUAAACUGGAAAGACGCACAGCAGGAAGAGAUCAGAAGAUCUGCAGCAGAAAUCCUGGCGAAACUAGCUGGCAAGAAACAGAACUCUCUUCGGGUUGCGGGGAUUCCUGGGGCCAUGGAAUCUAUAUCUAGUCUGUUGCAUAUCCACAGUGUGACAAAUUGCGGUGAAAUUGUGAAACAGGAAGUGGUUCAGGACAACGAAAGUUAUGGGUACUGGGGGUUCAAUGAAUUGGGCCUGCAGAUCUUGAAAAAACUUGCGCGUGAUCAUGACAAUUGUGCCAAGAUUGGGAACACGAAGGGGCUGUUGGCGAAGAUCAUAGAUUUCACGCGUGCAGGCGAGAGACUGUUGAAGGACGAACGGGUCACAGAAUCACAGAUUCUGGUUGUGAAGAGAUCGUUGCAGGUUGUGAAAAUGUUAGUGAGCACGACGGGCAGUACGGGCAGACAGCUGAGGGCAGAGAUAUCCGAGGUGGUGUUCACCAUUAGUUACAUACGAGAUAUAUUAAGAUUCGGUGAGAGACACCCAAUGUUGCAAAAACUCGGGAUAGAAAUUUUAACAAGUUUGGCAUUGGAAGCGGAUGCUACAGAGAGGAUUGGAGGAACGGGCGGAGUGUUGAAGGAGUUGUUGAAUAUUUUCUUUAAGCGGGAGAUGCCCGCAGAUCAGAAUCAUGUGAGGAUUGCAGCUGGGGAAGCGCUUGCAAUGCUGGCAUUCGAAAGUGCAAACAACUGUCAUAGGAUCUUGAAACUCAAAGUUCUUGAGAAGCUUGUUGAUGCAUUAGAUGACCCGUUGCUGAGAAUAAACUCAGCAAGGAUUCUAAGAAAUUUAUGUAGUUACAAUCGACCAGAGUGCUUUCAGCAGCUAAGAGGCGUGAUCACCGCUGCACCUAUUGUACUAAUGGAGAUCAUGACAGAAGAAAACAAGCUGCAGGAAGUGAUGGUUGGACUAGCAGCACAUGUCUUUAAAUUCAUGUCAUCCGAAGAAGCUAGUGCCAUGUUCAAAAGAGUUGGAAUCCAACAAGUUGAUCUAGCCAGGACAUUGAUGCAAAUCUUGAAGAAGUAUCCACAACCACUGACCAAGACUCCGAGAAUAAGGAGAUAUGUGGUGGAGUUGGCGAUUUGGAUGAUGAAAGAUUCGCGUGCAAAUAUUCAGGUAUUCAAGAAUCUCACGUUUGAACGAGAGCUUGAAGGGAUUACAGAGACCACAUCAGAGGUAGAAAGCUUUAGCAUUUUCUCAGGGGCAAUUGGAUUGAGCAGGUACAGGAUCUCCAUUCAUUCAUUAGUUGAGACAGCAAUGAACUUGCUGGCAGAUGAUUUUUAAGACUGAAAUAUGUUUGUAACUAAUAUAUCAUUUUUUAUAUAUGUUUGUAUUUAAAAUGGUGUUAUGUUAAAUACUUGAGCCUUUUACUUA